AUGCAGCAGGCCGCUGCCGGCGCCGGCUUCGGGGCAGCUGCCGGGCAGCUUCCCGCCGACGCGUUCCUGGACCCGCAGCCGCCGCUGGCGCGGGACGCUCAUGUGCUCUCGUCGCUGCUGCAGCUGCAGGACGCUCUCCUGGCCUGCGGCCGGCCGGCGCCGCCGCGGGUCGUGACGACGGUCGCGAGCAUCACAACAGCAGAGCUCGGCGCCGGCUUCUUCGGCGCGCUCAAGCAGCAUGCCGCCGCUGCCGCGGCGCCGGGCGGCACCGCCGCGGGUGGCGCCGGGGCGGCGGGGGCGCUGCUCGGGGGCGAGUCCCUCGAUUUCGUUGCACCCGACGAGGCGCUCGCCUCGCUGCUUGCGCAGGCGGCGCAGGAUCGGGAGUACUCGCGCGUAGUGCACGCGCUCCUGCGCGGCGCCGGCGGCUGCGUGCUGCGCGUGCUGCCGCCGGCGGCGCUCGGCGCGGAGCAAGGCGAGCGCAUGAGCAUCUUCGAGCUGUCCGAGGCCGCCCGGCUGCGCGGCGCCACCUUGGUCGGGAUCGUCUCCGCCGAUGGCCGCUGCGAGCUGGCGCCGGCGCUGGGCGCGCGGCCGGGCGGGGGCUUCACCCUCCGGGCGGGCGACGGGGUCGUGGUGCUGGCAUAG